GGGAGGAGGAAGGCGGGUCUGUAAGUAGACUCCAGGACUUCCUCGGGAGAGCAGAGCGGAUCCUGCAGCGCAAUCAUGGACGAUUCCGCUCCACGUUCUCGUGGCGUUAUGUUUUUGUGCCUGGUGGGAGCGUCACAGGUGCUGGGUCUGGCCUCGGUGGUGCUGACCGGCGUGUGGAUGGGUCACUACCGCGGGGGCUUCGCCUGGGACGGCUCAACACUGGAGUUUAACGUGCACCCUCUGUGCAUGGUGCUGGGGCUGGUCUUCCUGCAAGGCGACGCCAUCCUGGUCUACAGAGUAUUUCGAAGUGAGCCAAAGAGGAGCGUAAAGCUGCUUCACGGGAUCAUUCACCUGCUCGCCCUCAUCGUCAGCAUCAUAGGUUUUGUAGCUGUGUUUGACAACCACAAACAGUCGAAGAUUCCGGACAUGUACUCUCUGCACAGCUGGUGUGGCAUGAUUACUUUAGUCGUAUUCUGCAUACAGUGGGUGAUGGGGUUGCUGUUCUUCCUGUUUCCUGUUGCGUCGUCAAGGUUACGAGCCUCGUAUCUCCCCGUCCAUGUGUUCUGUGGUCUGGCUCUGCUGGCUAUGGCCAUAGGGACGAGCCUGCUAGGCAUCACAGAGAAACUCCUCUUCACGAUCAUGUCAACCUACUCCCAGUUCAGUCCAGAGGGGGUGCUGGCCAACACCUUGGGGAUCGUGCUGGUGUGUUUUGGGGUGCUGCUGGGCUACUUGAUCACCAAGGAGGAGUACAGGCGUCCGCCAAACCCAGAGGAAGAGUCUCUGUCUGUCCACUUCAAGACCCUGACAGAAGGGCGGUCACCCACCACACCCUGACCUCAGUGAGCCAUGUGACACCUCCUGCUCAUCUAGACACAGUGUCCUGCGGACAGACUAGCUGUGCUUCAAGUCUCUGUUAAUACCUAGUUACAAAGUCAUUAGUCAAAACACAAAUGUCCAUGAAUGUGUUCAGAAAAGAGUUUUCAAAAGUUUAGGUUUGGUUCAGUGAAGUCCAUGAAAUCAUGGACAGGAAGCUUGAAUGAUGUGUCUCUCCUGUUGUCAUACCAACCUGACCUAUUUGACAUCAGACUUUCUCCCUAACUUAUUUAUUUAUGCUUUAUUCUUUCAUGUGGCUCAUAAACAGAAGACACCUUGCAAAUGCUCAUUGCAGUAGAAGGAAAAUAGUAUCACACCACCCUGAUUUUGUACGGCUUCAAGCAGGAACGCUAGCAGCUCAAGCUGACCAAUCACAGUUCUUGUUGUCUCCACGUGGUAUCUGUAGCUGCUACAGUCCCAAUGUGUCGUAACAUUUCAGAGGAGCAAUUAUCACGUAGACCGUACCAACAGUGGCUACAUGUUGACAGCGGAACCCCUUAAUGCAGAAGUAUGAAUGUAGUUUAUGUGUAUCUACCGCUUGGACUAACCACAUUUUCAGGUGGCCCCCCGACUAGAGUUCUGUACAAUCCUAAACCUGAGACCCAAGCCCAGUCCAUAACUGUAUCUUUAACACUGUUUCUACCAAAUACUCAGACCUGACCCACUUUACUGUAGCUGUAUUUCACUCCUUACUGAGGCUUUAUUAGAGCCAUCAGGUCAAGUAGCAGAAUUCUUACAUCCCACCACUCUGGUGCAUACCGACCAGAUGUCAGCACUAGAAAUGUCUCGAGUUGGUGUUUGGGAUGAUAUUCUAGUAGAUCGUUGUCUGCUCCAAUAAGACCCAUCAAAUUCUGAUCCUGCCUUUACUGCACUCUACUGUGUCAUCAAACUGAAUGUUUUAUAGUCAGAGUGACGCGUCUUCUCUUGUAAAGAUGCAUCACUCUGUUCAGUGAUUGUGUCGGGAGGAGCAUUCUCCCAGUUAGACUUUCAUAGUCUGCUCCUGUAUGUCAAUGUGCUGAAUACAUGUCUAAUCAAAAUUGCAAUUGUCUGCUGUUAUGUAUAUAUAUAUAUUUUUUUCUGUACAUCUUGAGCAUGUUUGGCACAAUGUUUGGUUUUCGGCUGAACUAAGUCGUAGCCUGAGUGCAUACUGGGCAGCUGGAUCCUUUAGGUAAAUGUGAAUGGGCUCAGUAUGGGCAGAUACUGAAUAGUGAAGCAGUCAGAUAGCACAGUUUGGCUUUGUUACACACCAGAAGUCAAACUGAUGCAGUCGUUUUGGUGUGAUUUGGUGUGACUGUGAUUAAAGAUAGAUAUAUUAAAAUUUGCACGUAUAAAGUUGAAGUUGAAGUGGGUAAAAGCUGUGACGUCAGCAAAAUUAAUUCCUUUGGACAUCAAAAUGUAAAGCUGCAGCGAAGAUUUGUGCCAAAUGAUCAUCCAGUCAGUCUUCAUCAAACUCACGCUGUCAACACUCCAAAAUGAUGUUCGUAAAACAAACUGUAAACGUUUAAAAGUCAUGGGAAAAGGUCUCGUAGAAAGUUCAGCGUUUGUGAACGUUAUUUACGCCACACUACUUUUGAAGGUCACAACACUAUUAAUUGCAUUCAAAUGAAGUCUGUCCUUUUAUCAAUGUCCCACAGGAUCUACACCUGUCCCAGAUCCGGGGGGCGAGAAGCCAAGUCAGCUCAGCUUGUCCAUAAAACGAUGCAUAAACAGAAUGUACUCCAUUAGUAAGGUGUCUGGAUUCAAACUUUUUACAUGGCUGUCCAAUCAGUGUUAUUGGUAAACGUAGUCAGGUGAAGCAAUACGUUCCUCGGUGUGUGACGUCAAGGUAUUUUUACUAACCCUGAGAGGCAGUUUGUUGUACAGCCAGCAGCAACCACAUAACAAUCCGACAAUGGGGAAAAUAAAGAAUAAAUGCAACAGUUCACCGAGUUACAAGCCCAAUGGCAGCAUAGAUAACUGAGCUCCAAGUCAACCAGUCAGUCAUGGUCGUGCUAUAAUUUUGCUGCACUUUCACAAUAACCUUUCACAACAGCAGCCGGCAAAGGUGAAUGUGAGGAAUGAGUGAAUAAACCGUGAAAAACUGAUUUUUAUGAAGGUAUUGUCAACAUUAAAACUUUCAAGCUUGCAUAAAUACUGCACAAAGUCAACAACCUGAUGGUUAAUCACCACAGGAGAGAUGACUGCGGGACUCUUCCAAAAGUCUGCUGUCAUCUCUUCUUUUGGACACACUCAUUUCCAGGAAAGAGAAAUCGCAUCAGUCUGUGAUGAUCAGGGUCAUCAAUGCUGAGGAAUUGAUGUGAUCGAAGCCGGACGAACCUAACAACCUGACGCCUCAAACACACUGGCUUGACUCGUGCAUACCAAAUAAAAGACGUGGGAAGACGUACACCUGGGGUGAUCUGGUGGAGGAAGAACAUCUGAUAAAAUGUCAUUCGCCUUCACACACUGAGACCUUUAAGAUAAAAAUCCAUCAGCCAGCAAAUCAGGCAAGGAUGAAUGGUGCGGAUGCUGUUUAACCUUCCUGCUCAACCAAAAGGCUUCAUACAAUAAAUAGCUGAGGAGGAAUCAAUAAAAAGUAGUUGCAGAAAAGUCUCUGCACUUUCUGGGUGUGUCAGAAUCAUGUCUAACAGAGUGCCAGGCACAUUGUCAGCGCCUGACCUGUAAGCAAACUGGAGUAGGCCAAAUUUAGCUUGCACUGUGUCUCUCCUCAAUCUCCUCAAAAUGAUUUCAUGAUAAGAGAGGUAAACCCCACAGGCCCAUACCAUGUGUGUGUGUGUGUGUGUGUGUGUGUGUGUGUUUUGCUGCCUUUUGGAAAUGUACUGCUUGACAUGCCCUGAAGAUAAUGAAAGCGCUACAUGAAAAGGAAGUGGUCAAAUGCAGGAAUUUGUUGAGUUGGCAAUGUAGUUUAACUUAGCCGAGGCUACAACCAUCGUGCUCCGUGGCAACGUGGGCAUCAGAAGCACACGCAAUGCAUCCUGGUACAUAUAGGCCCUGCUGGCAUGGAGCAGGAGAGCUCAGUAUAAUAGGCACGAAGGAAUUUAUUGCUUCAAUUUACCUUUAACACUAAUAAGACACCCACAUAAAAUUUGGCAAAAUUUCCCUUUAAAUGUGUGUCAUGUCAUGUCAGACCUGCUCAGUGUGUGUCCAGAUGUGUUGUUAGAGUUCGGUUGCGUGAUGCGUUUUAACCGAUAGCUGUUAAAUUCAUUCCAAAUGAAAAACAUAGCUCUAGUUGUUUUUUUUUUUUUGACUCAGCACUCGUGCCUAAUGCAAAGCUUUG